UUGGGCUGCCAUCUUGAUAAUAAUUUCAGAAGAAGAUAGAGUUAGUUGAGAAUCUGGGCCAUCUUUGGCCAUCCUACUUUCUUAUAAUCACUAGGACAGAUUUUACCUCAAUAUGAGUGCCACUCCAUAUAUCGGUAGCAGAAUUAGCCUUAUUUCUAAAGCGUUAAUUCGCUACGAAGGGAAGUUAUACGCCGUUGAUUUGAAAGACUCAACUGUAACGCUUUCAAAUGUACGUUCCUUCGGAACAGAAGACCGUUGUAAAGACAAUGUCAUAGCUCCUCGUAAAGAAAUUUACGAAUACAUUGUUUUUCGUGGACAAGACAUCAAAGACUUGAACGUUUUUGAACCUCCAGAUAAGAAACCACCUCAGCAGCCUCAGCAAGAUCCAGCAAUUCUUCAUUCUGCAACAAUGGGCAGCCCUGGAGCAUACCCAUCGCCAUACCAAUCACCAGGGGUAUUCAGUCCUUUUGGUGGUCUGCCAUACAGUGGCUAUCCAGUUGGUUAUCAACCAUCAUCCCAGCAAUUCCCUAACAGACAAGGUCCUCCUGUUCAACCUCCAAUGCCAGUUGGCAUCAUGCCUGGUACGCCACUGCUACCGCGUAAUCCGACUCCACCAAUCUCAGGUGCAGGACUAUCUAGAAAUAGCACCCCUUCACCACGACUACAGGCAGAUGAAAAUAUUGUCAAGACACAAGAGACUCAAACCACAAGUACUUCUCAGCAGGGUACACAAACGACCAAGAAAAAACCAUCAUCGAGGAGAAAUUCCACAGAAAAAAACUUUGAAAAAGAGAAUAAGAAACCUCAGGAAACAAGCAAAGAUGAUGCGGAAGAGAAACCACAGCAGGAAAGGAAGUCUUCUAAUGAAAGUAGACCUAGAGGUCGUCGGCCUCAGGGAAGAAGAGGUGGUUAUAGAGGUCCCAGACGUGAUUCCAAACCUAAAGAAUUUGAAGAUGAAUAUGAUUUUGAAAGUGCGAAUGCCAAGUUUCAUAAAGAAGAAAUGGAAGAAGAAUGGCAUAAAAAACUUGGACCUGCUUUGACACUAACUGAUGAUGUCGAAGUAGAAGGAGAAGAACAGAAUGCAGCACAAUCACCAGAACCUACACGUUACUAUGACAAGGGGUCUUCAUUUUUUGACUCCAUUUCCUGUGAGGCAAAAGAUAGGGACAAAAACAGAAGAUCUCACCCUUCCUGGUCUGAAGAAAGAAAACUAAAUACUGAAACAUUUGGUCAUUUCGGUGCACGUCGUGGAAGAGGAGGCUUCAGAGGACGUGGGCGUGGAGGUAGAGGUCGUGGUAACAGAGGUGGAUAUAGAGGCCGUGGUGGUUCGCGUGGAGGAAGAGGAGGAAGAGGUGGUGGUAGAGGUGGGGAACACUCUGGCUGGGUCGAUUAUCCUCUGGAUGCAGAUGCAUCAAAAUUUCAACAGAAUCUACCAAGUGGAACAACACCAUCAAGCCAAAAUCAACCAACAGCACAGGCAUAACCAGGGCUAAAUGAUAAUAUCACUACUUUACUCAGUCUGACUGCACUCUAAAUGUCCUUAAUCUCUAAUGACCAAGUGGUUAGACUGCUUAAUAAUUGUUACAGAUAAUAUUUUCAUAGCUCCUGUUGCAGUUAGCUUGUAGUUAUAUUGUUUUUUCUUUGGAAAAAUGGUUUUUCAAUUCAGCAAAUUCUCUAUGUACAGUCUAUUUUCUAAAACAACGAACCUUUUCAAAGGGAACAGUUAAUAACUAAGUAUUAUUAUAUUGUCAUAGAUAAUAAUUUAUGGUAGAGUGGCUUAACUUAACAUGUGAAAUAGUUAGUCUAUAGAGGUUAGUGUAAAUCUAUUACACAUUAACUGAUACUAGGGACUUUAAGAUUUGCAAAAUCUGUGUCGGCAAUGUCAACAGGAAGUUAAAUGACUUCACUCUGGGGUUUCAGGUCUUUAAAAUCGGUCUUCCCUUAGUUGACUUUACUGACAAUGUUUUGAAUGAAAUCUCUAAUGAACAGAACCCCAAAGAAAAAUUAUUUAUACUUCCAGUUGAUGUCGCUGUCGUUGAUUUUGCAAAUCUUAAAGUCCCUACUAUGACUAUGGAUGUCACCUCCAUACAUCUACGACCCAAACAUCAACUUUUAGUCAGAGAUUCAGAAAUGCGAAAAGGAAUGCAGACUAAAAGGUUGAUAUUUGUUGGCAGAGUAGAUUUACGAAGGGGUGACAAAGCCAUGUUUUUCUGGUGUGAAAACCCAGAUCGGUGACAUCUGUUUACUAUUUACUCAUGGUAAUCAACCUGUAGAGUAAAGUCAUUUAACCCUUGAAAUAGAUAUUAGACUAAUACACAUUAGUAGACCCUAAUUCUAUUGUUUUAUUACGUGUCUAUUUGACUAUUACACGUUGACACGUUUUUUUUUUCACGGGUUAAAUGCCUUCAUUCUAAGAGAAAAAUUAGAAAGGUUUUCACUAACCCAUGAAACAAAAUGUACUUAUCUGAGUUUGAUAAGUCAGAUUAACACAGAAAACAAAAGAAGAAUGCUGUAGUGCUAAAAUUAAUACACUAACAUUUAUUUUAUUCAGUUCACUAAUUGUAAUUAGCCUACAAACUAUUUCACAGUUAAAGUAUAACCACUCCAAAGUUGAUAAUGAAAUAAUAAUGGUAUAUAAAGAUUAUGUCAUAAGGAUUAUUUGGAAUAUUGUUCAUGGUGGUGCGAUAUCGCAUGUUAUGAUGAAAUGAAAUGUAAUCUUUCCAGCGUUAACUGUAAGUACCAUAAAGCACCAGAAAUUUCUCAAUAAAUAAACUGAGAAAAUUCUCGAA